AUUUUGGCUAAUAUUAGUUUCGGAAGGCAAUAUUAGGCAUGUACUCUAGGUAGCAUUGAGUAUCCACGCCCUUCUUUGUAAAGAGAGUUUAUAGUUUCCAUUAUUUUGGCCACACCUUUGUGUGUUCUGGGGGGAAAUGUGGAAUGGGGUGAUGCAUCUCUAACAAAGACGUAUUUUCUUAAAUAUUGUGCGUUUAAGAAUAUAAUUCAGUGUGCCUUUGUUGAUGGAAAAUGCUAGUUGAAACUGUCUUUGAGAACGAUACGUGUAGGAGGGGCCAGGGCCCUUUCUAGGGUUCUGGGAGGGGCAGACGAUAAACGCGACCUAAAUUGAUGGAAUAUGCCGAAGCUUGCUGCACGCCUAGAAUACGUUUUGUGUUCAUAUAACCAGUGUAUUUUUCAUAACCGUUCAUCGCAUCAUAGCUACAGCCACCUGUUACUUGCCAUAAAAAAUAUAAAGGCAUUAAACCAGCCGAUAGAAAUGUUACAUGACUUUAGCCACAAGAAGAUUGUGUAAUCUUGAUCUUAUGGUUAUGAAAAUAUUGGUUUCUGUUGUUUGAUUAUAGCCAAUAAAAUUCUUGCCAAAGGGCAUAUAUGCAAAAUUAAUCUUCAUGCGGCAGGAUACAACCCUAUAAAACCUUUUUGUGAACUCCAACUCCCAUGAGAAAGCAUACUGCACCCCUCAGAAACGGUGCUGUGUGUGUUCUCCCAUUGCUGUUUCUCAUAUCCUAAUACUCUACUCCAACUCGAGGUGUGGUGAGAUCAUUUUUCUGAAAUCAUUUUCCGACACUAUUUUUAUGUACAACGAUGGAUAUUCUAGAAGUUUCUGAAGACCAGACAGCUUUACAAUGGCUGGCUUAAGGGCAUUCUGGUUUGCAUUUGUAGUCAAAAGCAAGAAAAUACAUUUCAAGUAAUGAAAGUAGCUUGUCCUCCAACAUUGUUUCCAGGGGCUGCACAUGUGGGGUCAAGUGGUAGAAGGCAGCACAAUGCGUCCACCAGAGGGAGCCAUAGCCAUAUAAUUCUCCAGACCAGGAAGUUAGGAAGAGGGCACACCUGAACCAGAUGAUCAUCACUGUCCUAUAUAAGCUCUGUGACUCACCCAUGCAUGAAGUGCCUGUAAUGAAAUAUAAUAUAAUAAUUGAUUUUCUGGUGCCAUUCAACUUGUGUAUGACCUGUGUUUUCAACAGGACCUGUUUAUGGAAAUGACCUGAGUUUGCAAGAAGGUCUACAGCAUAGUGCAAUAUAUUUAAUUUCUGUACGGGGCCACACAAUAUUCCAGCUUUCAGGGUGAUACUGCAUAUGACAAUAUCCAGGACUGAAACAUACUGAAUGAAACUCACUGUUCUAUAGUUUGCAUGUUUCUCUCCUACAUUUGCCCUUGCUCAUUUAUAGCUCCCUGCGUAAUCCCUGCUUGGAGAUUUUCCAGAGGUUUUUUCCUGGUCUGGCACGUGCUGUCUGUCCCUCAGGGUGAUGGCACGCAGUAGGCUUUUUUCAGGGAUUGCUGAGGAACUUCCAGGUCUUUUGACUUGGUAUUUAUGCUAAUUUUAUUCCAGAAUAAAUAUUCAGUAUAUCUUUCAGAUAUAAAUUUAAAUUGGUGACCUUUUUAUGCCUGGUUUCUAAACCAAACAGACUACUCUGACCUUUCAAAGGAUAGAAUUAGGCACUAAACAGUUUUUAUAAAUGCUUUUACGUUAUAUGUCACUUUCCCUGGUUUUCCUCACCUUCCCCUUUCUUAUACCUGUGUCUCCUUUUACAUUUACCACCCUUCCUUUCUCUUCUUCUUCCUUCUCCUAGCUCUCUCUCUCCCUCCCUCCCUCCCUCUCUCUCUCUCUCUCUCCUGCUGUCUUGGUCUCCCCUCUCUCAGUGUGUGUUGUCAAUAAUUGAUGAUUUUUACUGACUCAAAGGGUAACAGGUCUAAAAGCUGAUCUUUCAUUUAGCCUCUUCCCAAGCCGUUUCUGUGCUCGGUGUCUCACCGUUUGUCUGCAAGAGUGUGUGUAACUGCGUGUGCAUGUCUGACCACGUCAGCAUACCUCGAUGCAAAUGCCGUAUAUUCUCUUUAUUUAUAUAUCUGUCAUAUCGGUUUAUAUCCACUUAUGGCAGUGAAGGAGUUAACUAUGUCAGUCUCCCUAACAGCAGGGCAGAGGAAAGGAAGUAGAGAGAUUAAAUGAGAAAGAGGCAGGGGGUAGAGAAGAGGGAGACUGAGAGGGACUGAGAAUUUGAUUCAGUAAUCACACUGACUGACUGCCUGAAAGGCUGAUUAAACUGGACUCAACAGCACAUCAACACUGACACAGAGAGAUGGAGAAAGAGAGAAGAAAUGACAAAUUCUUUUCCAGGAAGAGAAGUUUCACUUUUGGUGCUUACGGAGGGGUGGACAGGUUCAUCUGUGAAGCGCGACAAGAAUCCAUAGAGCGGAGCAUCCUGGACAUACUUGACUCUCCCACUAAUGAGACUAAAUCUGUACUCACUGCGACCACAAAUCAGAGGUCCACAGACCUUUUUGAAAUAAUCGAGAAGCUUCAGGGAAGUCGUCUCGAUGAACAGCGAUGUGCGUUCCCUCCCCCAUUGAAGCUUUUAAAGAUAAGCAGCACCCUCCCCUUGAUUCUCCCCCCAAAAUCAGGAGGCUACUGGAUAGAUCCUCCCUUUGAAAAGUUUGUUGAGACCAGCCCCACCUCUUCUGUCCCUGGACUCGAAGUAGAGAGUUAUGACAUUAUGGAACGAGACAGUGAAGCAAAGAUCUACAGAGAAUGGUUCAGACCCAAGUAUCAUAACUCAUUCACAGCAGUUGACCCUUCGCUAGGACCGCUUGUUCUCUCUGUUUGUUUGGAAGAAGAGGAAAAAAGACUGAGAGUCAUACUGAGAAUGAAAGAAUGCACUCUGCAAGGCAUUUUCUCUCUCUCUCUCUUCCAACACUUCCCUACUGCUAUUGAGCUGGCUAAGAUGUUGUGUGAGUCUGUUACUGUGUCCCAAUUUGAGGCUGUCAGUUACCUCAAGGCACCAGAACUUAUCACAGCAUUCGAUGAGCACAGAGUGUCACAGAAUUUCAAGUUUGGUGUUUUGUACCAGAAAGAGGGACAGCUCACAGAAGAAGAUAUACUUAGUAACAAUGAAGAAAGUGAGGAGUUUCAAGCUUUUCUGUCAAUUUUGGGGGAAACAGUGAAACUGCAGGGCUUCACAGGGUUCCGAGGAGGUUUGGAUGUGUGUCAUGGUCAGACAGGAAGCGAUGCAGUUGUCACUUCCUUCCACGGGAGAGAAAUAAUGUUUCAUGUGGCUACCAAACUGCCCUUCACAGAGGGUGACACGCAGCAACUGCAGAGAAAAAGGCACAUUGGAAAUGAUAUUGUUGCGUUGGUUUACCAGGAAGGUCCAGCCCCUUUUAUCUCUGACAUCAUCAGCUCUCACUUCCUGCAUUGUUUCAUAGUCGUCAGGCGGAUGCUAAAAGGAAGUAGGGGCGAGGAAGCAAAAGGUGCAACAUUUCAGGUGUCAGUCACAGCAAGAGAGGACGUUCCACCAUUUGGUCCUCCCCUCCCAGAUCCACCUAUUUUCACAGAGUGUCCUGGCUUUAGAGAAUUCCUUUUGACCAAACUUAUCAAUGCAGAGAUUUCCUGCUACAAGGCUGAACGAUUCAGCAGAUUGGAGCUUCGUACUCGUUCAUCUCUCCUGGAGGGACUGAGAUCAGAGCUGUCCUCACAGUCCCAGUGCAUGCUGGGAGAGCCGACCCCUCCAGCUCUCGCUCUUUCUGAUGGGGUUAGGGGCGGGUCGGAAGGAGGUGGUGGGUUCAUUGAAAACUUCAAGAGGGCAAUCAGGGUACGCAGUCACUCUUUUGACACCCUGGGGGUACCUAAAAAGACAGGCAUAGGGGGGCCACCACAGAAGCCUCGAGUAUUCCAUGGUACAUCACCUGGAGCAGAUAAAGAAGGAGAAAGUGAAUCAAGCAAUAAGCAGUCGGGACCCAACCUUCAGCUGAAUGGCAGUCCCAAUAAUGGAGAUGGUAAAGGUCAAAACAGUCCACAAGAGGAUGAGUAGACAACAAUAAACUGUAUGUUCACUGUGCUUUAAAGGCACAGUGCUCCUAAUUGAGAAUGUACUUCUCUUACACAUUGGCAAAUAUGUAAUGAGAGGGAUAUUUAUUGGAUGUACAGCACAGGUAUUUUUAUUAUUAUAAAUUAUAGUAAACUGAGUAAACCAUUUGAGGAAAAAUACAUAACUCACAUUGAUAGGCUGUAACAAUGACUGUAUUCUGUAAUCUGAAUUAAACAAAUGUCCAUGCUUUUGUAUGUCACAUUUAACUAUUCUUCAGCUAUAGCAUUACUAAGCAUCGGUCAUUUAAAUCCUAAGACACCAGUUCAGCCUUGAAAACCAAAGAGCUCUGUGAUGCAUUUGUACUAGAUUAAGAAUAUUUAGAAUAUUUAUUUUUUAAAAAUCAAAAAAAAAAGUUUCAAUGGUAGUUGAACAAUUGAGUAUGUACCGUGGGGCAUCCUGUGAGGAACCUAUUUAGUCUUCAUUUUUAGCUGGACUGAGGACAAGGACGAGGGGAUAAGGAAUGAAGUAUGUGUCUGAGCGCAGUCAAGGACAAUCCCACCAACCAAAUCCUCCCUCCCUGGCUGACAUAUGGUCGGCUUUAAGCCUACCACUCUGCAUGGCUGCAUGCCACAGUCAUCAGUGGGAUGGUCCGGAUUCGUCGCCUGACCAAAAGACGCAUCCAUGCCCGUGAACCCAACGUCUCAGCCGAAUGAGUCAGCUGAUAGCCCAGUCUGGUUACGUUUCGACGGCAUAAAAAGAACAAUAUUGUUAAAACAUCUGAGACUGUGGCUUGGUUAAACCACCACGCUACGGUGCAUGGAUGAGCCUCAUGGCCUCGGAUCGAGUCCGGACCAUUGCAGUGCCCGAGUGUGGCUGGCGUCUCCAUAUGGCAACACGAAACUGGCGACUGUGUCACCAAGGGUAUGGGAGGAUUCAGUCCGGCAGGGGGGUCCACAUUAAUCACUAUCUAGUGACCCCUACUGGCCAUUAUGACACCCGUGGACUGCCUGCUAAAGCCGCAGGCUCUGCUCUAUGCAGGCUCAUCUGAAGUCUGUGGUGUGUAAGGGGCAGCUGGAGGAGAACCAUGGAUGUCCACAAUCUCCUAAAUUGGCAGCGGGUUUAGCGCAUGAACGCGGCUGCGGUUGCGGGCGAUGGGCCCUUCUAAAAUGGCGUGGGAAUUGGAUAUGCUCAGCCCAACGUCGGGCACCAAAUAAUAAAAACAUAUACAACACAAUCCAGGCUACAUUCGUGGAGGCUUAGAGAGUGUUUUCUGUCUGCGGACAAUUUGUUGCAAAGAUCAGAAAUUCAUUGAAUGUGGAGUCCAUUGAUGUACUCUACGUUUUGAAAGUGCACUUCCAAAGGAAAAAAAAGAACUCACUUGAGUCAUUACAGGCCUAUGCCUAUUUUGUUUUGCUUAGCCUAUUGGCCAACAUUUUAAUUAGAGAGAUAUCUGUCUUAUUUAUGCUUGGCCACAGUCUGUUGUAUUUGUAAUAGGCCAAAGUAUAUUUUGUUUUAUUAUGCAAAGUCUAUUUUGUAGUUAUUAUAAGCCAUUUUGUUAUGUUUUUUUUUGUUUUUACAUAGGUCUCAAAUGUUUUAUUGGUGAUAGCCUAUUUAAUUUAUCACAAUGUGAGAGCAUAUAGGCCUAUGAAUGUAGUGCUGAAUUGGCAUUGUCUAAUGUUUAGCACCUGUUUGUAGUGCUGAAAGUACAAUAAAGAAAUGUUCUGUGACGUGA